CCCCCGGGUUGUCCGGCAUCAGCAGUUCUCCAGAGCACCGAGGAAGAGCAUCUUCUCGUGGGAACUCGCAAAGUCCUCCGAAUCCUUCGCAACUACUUGGUCACGGCGGUCUCGAGUCUCUGAGACAGGAUGAGACGUACACGCCACAUGGUAUUGCCUGUGCGGUCCUGGCAGUACAUCGGGCUCCUGAUAGUCUCGUUGGCAUGUCUGACGUUGGGACUGGUAUCUAGGGACAGGGAAGGACAUGCCGGUAGUCUCGCAGGACCUGAACUCGAGCAUCGAGCUCCCCAUGAAAUGGACGCCUGCCCGAAUAUGAAUCUCUUCACCGAAAUGCCUUCACACCUGCUCACAAAGUCGGAAGAAAAUGUGAAGCCGUUUAACGACCAUGAAACCAGAGUAUCCGGGUCUAGAAUAUCACCGACAACCCGGAAAUCCGCACUCGCUCGAUCGCUGAGCCUCGAUCGCUCCGCCAGAUUCGCCUCGCGAGAAGCUCGAGAACGAUCUUCUCGAAACCGGGAUCUGAGAAUGGUCGAGAGACUUUCAGGAUCGAGAAGUCGCACUCCCGACAACGAAUCAGUCAACAGGCUCCGAGAUUCAAGCUGCGAUCUGGCCGAUCGCAGAGCGAAUUACCGAUUCAAGGAGCGCCGAUCGAGGUCCGCAGAGGGACGCGAGGCUAAUGAAAUGGUGCGCCGGCAAAGUCGCGUGGACCGAUCGACGGACCGGCGAGACGACGAUCGUCGCGAUCGCCGAUCGCUCUCGGCGAUCGAGCGACGGCUUCCGGACGAGAUCAAUCGCCGCGAGUCCCGAGAGAUUCUAAUUAGCCGCCGCGAGUUUCGUGAUUCCGCACGUCGCGUAGAUCAACGAGCCGGAAUGCGCGAGCGUAGAUCCCGAUCUGUCGAGCAACGCGAUGUAACCGAACGACGCGCGAGCGAACGUCGUGAGGACCGCAAAAAUCUUUUGGAUCACUCGGCGAGAAUCGCACGACAGCACACCGACCGCAAUAAUAACCUCGACCGUCGAAGCCGGGAACGAUCUCUGGAGAUCCGUCGCGCUCGUCUUGAUCGCGUCGCCAACCAGGAACGUAAAUCGCGAUUUUCGGCUGUCAGCAGGGAUUCUCGUAAAGACCUCGCCAGAUCUGACGAUCGUCGAUCUCGAUCGAUGGAACGUGCCAACGAUCUUGAUCGAGAGACGCUCAACAGGCGAGUGCGAUCGAUGGAAGCCAAAGACGAGAGAGCCGGGGAGCGUAGAUCGUCCUCUGAGCGCAGAUCCUUGGCUCGAUCGGUGGAACGUCGUGAGAUAGAUCUCGUGGAGCGUCGAAAGAUGGAAACUCAUCUCCGCGAUCGCAGAUCUCUCGAUCGAGCAUCGUCGCGGACUUCGCCCGAGGAUUUACGUCGCGAAAGGCUCAGUCGCUCGCAGAGGAUCGCAAAUGCACGUGACUCCCGCGGAAAUACGAUGAGCAGGGAAAAUUCUAGAGCCGCUUUCACGCGGCAGGAACGAUCGCGUUAUGAUCUUCAGGAGAUCGCGAGUCGAGAGCGAAGGGAAAGAUUCGCUCGAUCUUCUGGUUCGCUUGAUCGUCAUUCGGCGGAUCGACGAGAACUUUCAAGGAUCAGAGAUUUGAGAAGCCGUGAACGCGAAUCACGCGAUUCCACAGAACGACGAGAUCUGGUUGCACAACGUCGGGAAAGAAUGAGCCUCUCACAUGAGGCUCGCGAGCAACGCAGGGUUGUUCUUCAGGGAUCUCGAUCCUUGGAAAGAGUCUUCGAACGACGGCUACCUGAGAGGGGAUUGGAAAAGCGAGCGUCUCGCGAAAAAGUACUGAAGAGAUCCCAUGGAGGAGUUGUGAUACGACGAAUUACUCCGAAUUCAAUACGACUCGAUUCACGAAGAUCUGCUGAGCGAAGAAUUGUUGAGGACUCGAGAUCACGCGAAGAUUCCAGGAUGGCAGAUCGUCGCCUGGAACGAAGCUUGGAAUUGCGAGCUUCUCGCGGGAGAACUCUGGAAAAACGAUCUGUUCUCGAUUCGCGAAGAUCUGCUGAGCGAAGAGUUGUUGAGGAUUCGAGAUCACGCGAAGAUUCCAGGACGGCAGAUCGUCGCCUGGAACGAAGCCUAGGAUUGCGAGCUUCUCGCGGGAGGACUCUGGAGAAACGAUCUGGUGUCGAUUCGCGAAGAUCUGCUGAGCGAAGAAUUGUUGAAGGCUCGAGAUCACGCGAAGAUUCCAGGAUGGCAGAUCGUCGCCUGGAACGAAGCUUGGAAUUGCGAGCUUCUCGCGGGAGGAUUCUGGAGAAACAAUCUGCUUUAGAUUCACGAAGAUCUGUUGAGCGAAGAAUUGUUGAGGACUCGAGAUCACGCGAAGAUUCCAGGAUGGCAGAUCGUCGCCUGGAACGAAGCCUAGAAUUGCGAGCUUCUCGCGGGAGGACUCUGGAGAAACGAUCUGUUCUCAAUUCGCGAAGAUCUGCUGAGCGAAGAAUUGAAGGCUCGAGAUCACGCGAAGAUUCCAGGAUGGCAGAUCGUCGCCUGGAACGAAGCUUGGAAUUGCGAGCUUCUCGCGGGAGGAUUCUGGAGAAACAAUCUGCUUUAGAUUCACGAAGAUCUGCUGAGCGAAGAAUUGUUGAGGGCUCGAGAUCACGCGAAGAUUCCAGGAUGGCAGAUCGUCGCCUGGAACGAAGCCUGGAAUUGCGAGCUUCUCGCGGGAGGAUUCUGGAGAAACAAUCUGCCUUAGAUUCACGAAGAUCUGCUGUGCGAAGAAUUGAAGGCUCGAGAUCACGCGAAGAUUCCAGGUUGGCAGAUCGUCGCCUGGAACGAAGCCUAGAACUGCGAACUUCUCGCGGGAGGACUCUGGAGAAACGAUCUGUUCUCAAUUCGCGAAGAUCUGCUGAGCGAAGAAUUGAAGGCUCGAGAUCACGCGAAGAUUCCAGGAUGGUAGAUCGUCGCCUGGAACGAAGCUUGGAAUUGCGAGCUUCUCGCGGGAGGAUUCUGGAGAAACAAUCUGCCUUAGAUUCACGAAGAUCUGCUGAGCGAAGAAUUGUUGAGGGCUCGAGAUCACGCGAAGAUUCCAGGAUGGCAGAUCGUCGCCUGGAACGGAGCCUAGAAUUGCGAACUUCUCGCGGGAGGACUCUGGAAAAACGAUCUGUUCUCGAUUCGCAAAGAUCUGCUGAGCGAAGAAUUGAUGAGAACUUAGGAUUAACAAAUAUUCUUAAAGGAGAUACUAUUAGACAAUCCCGUCAGAGAUCAAGUCUGAAUGUCAAGAAGCCGUCAUCGAGACUAGCUUCUCUUCGCCGAGUCGUCAGGAUUUCUCGUGUUCCUAAUGAAAAUCGUGAGCAACGCAGUUUAUCCGCUGAAAGGGUGCUCUCCAAGGUCGCAGAUUACGAGCGGCUGUCCGCCAACUGGGAACGAAAUUUGCAGAAUACACGGGUCGAUAGAAACUUGGAGUUCAAAGCAAGGAUUGUUCCCAACUUGGUGAAGAACGAGUUCUUGGAGUAUCCCAUGACCUCUGACUAUAUCAGGCAAGCUGUCGUCGUCGCACUUUGCACCAUUUACGGGCUUUCUGUCUAUAGUGGCAAAAAAUCCUUCCUUAGGAACAAUGUGGCGCAACAGGUGCAACGUUUUAUAGUGUGGUGAAGAAAUGAGGCGACAGCUGGCUAUCGAAACGGCAACGACAACCGCUACUUCCGUAGAUCUGCUUCUCUAUCGGCUUUAUCAUUUCGCGAAUUGUAGUGUUAGAUCGCAAAAUAUAUAUAAUGUAUCCAAGAGUU